GACGCCUCUCUCUUUGCCGCACGGCGAGAUCCUGCCCCGGAGCCGCCAUGGGCCGCCGCCCCGCGCGCUGCUACCGGUACUGCAAGAACAAGCCCUACCCCAAGUCCCGCUUCUGCAGGGGCGUCCCGGAUGCCAAAAUCCGCAUCUUUGACCUGGGCCGGAAGAAGGCCAAGGUGGACGAGUUCCCCCUCUGCGGCCACAUGGUGUCGGAUGAAUAUGAGCAGCUCUCCUCUGAAGCGCUGGAGGCCGCCCGGAUCUGUGCCAACAAGUACAUGGUGAAGAGCUGCGGGAAGGACGGCUUCCACAUCCGCGUGCGCCUGCACCCCUUCCACGUCAUCCGCAUCAACAAGAUGUUGUCCUGCGCUGGCGCUGACAGGCUGCAGACGGGGAUGCGCGGCGCCUUCGGGAAGCCCCAGGGCACGGUGGCUCGGGUGCACAUCGGCCAGGUCAUCAUGUCCAUUCGCACCAAGGCGCAGAACAAGGAGCACGUGGUGGAGGCACUGCGCAGGGCCAAGUUCAAGUUCCCGGGGCGCCAGAAGAUCCACAUCUCCAAGAAAUGGGGCUUCACCAAGUUCAACGCGGACGAGUUUGAGGACAUGGUAGCUGAGAAGCGGCUGCUGCCGGAUGGCUGUGGUGUAAAAUACAUCCCCAGCCGGGGACCCCUGGACAAGUGGCGGGCGCUGCAUGCUGCCUGAGCCCCCCGGCCGCCCCCCAUCCCGGGCGCCUUGCAGCAGGAAUAAAAGCAUUGGCCUCCAA